AGGAGAAGAGGGACGGACGUUUUGCCGCUGCAAACCUGCGAUCCCCACCAAAAAAAAGAAAGAAAAAAGAUGCAGACCUCCCGGCUUCUCUUUCUCCUGCUGACCGUCCCAGUGCAGGCGGCCACCGGUUCCCCCACCAGAGAGAAGUACGCCUCCUCGGGAGACGUCAACGUGGUGGCACACGGCCUCCUGCAACUGGGCCAGGGCCUGAGGGAGCAUGUGGAGAAGACCAAGAGCCACAUGAGAGAUGUCAACGCCAAGCUGAGGGCCCUGAACGGCACCGUGGCCGAAUUAGAGAAGAGGCACAAAGGUGGAGAGGCAGAGGUGGAGAACAUCGAGAAGCUGGCAGAGGAGCAGCUGGAUGAAGUGAGGAGCAGGGUUGAGAAAAUGAGGGCGGAGAACGAGACCAUACACUCCAGGGUGGACCGAUUGGAGCAGAGGGUGGAUGCAGCGCUAGGAGCAGCAAGACCAGGUCGCCACGACCAGGUCCCCUUUAUCCAGAGGAUCUUGGAGGCACAGAGCAAACGUAUAGAUGACCUGAUGGAGAAGAUCCAGCAACAGCAGGAUAAACUGGACAAACAGAGUCUUUACCUACAAGCACUGAACAGCAAGGUCACAACGAAGAGGGUCAAGUCACACCAACGCAUAGAUGGAGAGACUGCUAUGAAGGCUGACCCGGCACAAAGCAACAUCCCAGAAGGUUUGCCCAGAGACUGCCAAGACCUGUUUGUACAAGGGCAGAGAGCCAGCGGUGUCUACACCAUCCAGCCUCAAGACUCUGCCCCCUUCAACGUCUUUUGUGAAAUGACUUCGGGGGUCGGAUGGACCGUCAUUCAGAAACGUCACGAUGGAUCCCAGAACUUUGAUCAGCUGUGGGAGGAUUACAAAAAGGGCUUUGGUCACUUGGAUGGUGAGUUCUGGCUAGGCUUGGAAAACAUCCAUUCUCUGUCCAGACAAGGGCUGAACAUGCUGGAGGUGGUGCUCUCUGAUUGGAUAGGACAAGAGCAGUCAGGCCGUUACCAGUUCAGGUUGGACGGAGAGGAGAGGAACUACGCCCUCCACGUAGAGCAUUCUUCUUCUGAUGCUCUGGAGGGCAUCAUGACACCAGCAACCUCUGGUAUCCCUUUCUCCACCUCAGACCGAGAUAAUGACCUCAGCGCUGAAGUCCAAUGUGCCAAACUUUUAUCAGGAGGUUGGUGGUUCAGCAGCUGUGGGGAGGCAAACCUAAACGGCAGGUAUGGCAGAAGACCCAACCUGCACAAAGGACAACAGUCCAGAAGACAGGGCAUGUUUUGGACGCCUGCAAAUGGACAAAGCAACUCUCUGAAGAUCACCAUUAUGAAGAUCGCUCCUGCUGUGAUUAAGCAAUAAGUGCAUCAAUCUGGCCCAGUCUUAAAAAGAGCUGUGGACCAAAGAAAUCGUUAAAGUCAGAGAGGGACCAUCAUGACCACAAUCACUUUAGUUUCCCAGGCACACUCAGACAAAACAAUAAUGCUGGACUAAUUUGAACUAAGAGUAUAUUGCUAAUUACAAUAUGCAAAAGAUGAGUGAUUUGUUUGGAAAAAAAACACCAGAUAGUUGGUUGUUUUAUAUGCUAUGCUAUAUGUUAACUCACUGUCUCAGUGGAUACACUCAGUCUUAUUGACUGCUACAGCAAUAUUCCCUUUAAAAGGGCUACACUUCUGAUUUUUUUAUUGCCUAUAUAUGUUGUGUAUAGUUUCAUAUUUCUGCCAUUUACAAGCU